AUGCCAAGAGGCCAACAUUACAAUGAAGAAACAAAAGAAUUGAUGUUCAAUGUAAUUAAAUUUAUCGAAGGAGAAAAAAAUGGAGCAACCAUACCAUUAUGUAAUGCCAAUGAUCGUAUAAUGGCGGCACUUCAAAUAUCGCAUGGUUCUCUGGUUAAUUUGAAAAAUGAAUUAAAACAGUUAGAAGAAGAACAACAAAAAGUUCUUGAACAGCAGUUACUUAAGCAACAACGACCAUUUGUACUUGCGCAAAGAAAAUAA